AGUCUUAGCGUCAUCGAAGUGUGUGGGCCUUGGGCUGGAGGAGGAGAAACAGAUUCCGAAAGCGUGGCUGCCUGCUGUGUGUAUUUUGCCCUGUGCCUAGGAGUUGGGCAACUUGACUGUCUUCCUAACAAAAUUCAUCAUGAUAACUCCAGCAUUUGAACUGAGUCAGGAUCCAGACUUCCUUACAGUAACAAUCAAAGUGCCUCAUGCGCGAGUUUCAGAAUUUGAAGUCUAUUUUGAAGGAAAGGAGUUCAGAUUUUAUGCUAAACCUUACUUUCUUAGAUUGGCUCUUCCUGGAGGAAUUGUAGAAGAUGGCAGAGAAAAAGCAUCCUAUGAUGACAAAGGGAUAUUUACAAUCAAACUUCCCAAAGAGACUCCUGGAACAUACUUUGAAGGAUUAGACAUGUUGACAGCUCUCUUAGCACCAAAGAAACCCAGAUCAGCAAAACCUUUAAUCCUAGAGAUAGAUGCUGCAAAUGGUGAAGAGGAGCAAGAGGAAGAAGAAUUUGAUUGGGAAAUUGAACAAAUUCCAUAUGAGGAAAGCAGAGAAGACCGCUUAUGUUCAUCCUGUGGCUAUGGAUUUGGAAAUCAGAAAUCAGGAGUUUUUAGACGUCUUCAGGAAGAACUUAGUGAAGUUAUUGAUAUUAAGAACCCAGAUGUAACCCCUACAGAUGAACGUAGAAAGAAACGGCUAGUGGCAGAAGCUGCCAAAUUUGAUCCUGAUCACUACCUUGCUGACUUCUUUGAAGAUGAAGCUAUUUGCCAUCUGUUGAAGUACAAGCCAUGGUGGGUUAAAGCAUAUGCUAAAAAGAUGGAUUCUCAGAAACACAGUCCUCAAGAUGAAUUUAAUCAAACUGCAGUCGUUUCUUUUACAGAGGAAGAGAAAGAGCAACUUAGAAAAUUCACUAACAAAACUUACUUGCUUGACAAAAGAACCUCUCACCAAGUAUAUCUGAGUUUACUUGACAUCCUUCUGGCAUAUUGCUAUGAAAUCUAUGCCACUGAAGGAGAAAAGAAUGUUGAAUCACCCUGGAAUAUCCGAAAACUGAGUGCAACUCUCUGCUGGCUGGAGAACUUUACUAGUGUUACAGAAGUCCUGGAAUCCUUUGGAAGAAGAGUUUUAUGCUAUCCCCUCUACAGACACUUCAGUUUAGUGACUCGUGCCUUAAAUGAUAUUGUCAUGAUACUACAACUAGGUAAAAGUGCAGUUUUGAAAUGUUUGUUAGAUAUUCACAAGAUUUUUCGAGAAAACGAUCCUUCAUAUAUUCUCAAUGAUCUCUAUAUCACAGAUUACUGCAUUUGGAUUCAAAAAACUAAGUCCAGGAAACUGGCAGCCCUUGCUGAACGUGUGCAGAAAACAGAGCUGAGUAAGGCCAAAUUAGGUUUUGAACUAGACGAGCUGGAAACAGCAGCGCUGCUUGUACAGGAGGAAGAAAAGGAGUUAAAAGCUGCUGGCACUGACAUUUCCAAGCAGCAGCUGCCGCCUCCCUCCGAAAGAGAAGUGAGUGACUCUGAAGACUCAAGCAGCACUUCAUCAUAUGAGACAGAAGGCUCUGAUUCUGAUGAACAAGAGUCCUCAGCCAGCGAAGAUGGGAAAAUAAAUCCUUUACAAAGCAUGCUUGGAGAGGAGAGGACAGCCCCACUUAUUGGCUGUAAUGGAUUAAGGCAAGACACAGACACUUUGACGUUAGAUGUUAGUAAUGAAAAAUCAAAGACUGCUUUACCAUCUACAUCUGUUCCAGGGAAGCUGAUAGAGGAAUUAGAAAAGCAAAUGCAAGUUGCAAUUAGGCUUACAGAAGAGCCUGAAGGAUCUCCUCCUGCCAGGGACGGCAGUGGCUGCUCGCAAGAGAUGGGAGCAAGCUGCACAGCUGAACCCCAAGGACUUUCUCCAUACCGUGAUGGAGACAGAUGUUUCUUGGAGGUGACUCCAAAGCCCAGCCCUCUUCUUAUUCUGGGCGCCACAGAUGAAGAAGAAGCUUCCUAAGCGAAUUUGGGUGGGGUGGAUUCCAGGCCACUCUGACAAUCAAAGGUCACUCUAUCAAAUUUAAGGGAGGAGCUGCAGUCUUGCAAAA